CGGUGAUUCCGGAUAACGUGCCAACACUGGCCAAGAUGGACAUCCCGGGCUGCUACGACGCCCUCCAGGAAGCGCUCAAGGAGCCUCGCCCAAAGCAGCUCGUGACCGAGAUCAACGCUCACCUCGAGACGGCUAACGCGACGAAUGGCCAGCCCAAGAAGCUUCAGUUUCUCUGCGUCGACUGCAAGCAAGAAGGCGUCGAAGGCAAGGCCCGCGCGUUCUUUGCCGCGCCGCCCGCUAUCGUGCUCUGCGCCAACCGCCUUCGGACGCAGAACGACGUGUCAGAGGUCAUCGUGCACGAGCUCAUCCACGCUUACGACUACACGGUGCGCGGCAUGGAUCUCACCAAACCCGACGUCCUCGCGUGCAGUGAAGUGCGGUCGGCGCGCGAGUCCGAGUGCUAUCAAAAGGCCGACCACUUUUGCAAAACGAGUUCGGCGGCGCUCGGGGCGCGUGCCUGCGAGUGGUGGACGCACAAGUGCGUCAAGGACAACGCGACCCAAGCGACGUCGUCAAUGCUGCCACCCACCGAGGCCAAAGCGCGCGUCCAAGCCGUCUUUCCCACGUGCUUUGCCGACCACGCACCGUUCACGUCGGCGUAAAGGAAUGGAGCGAUCACGAUCAUCUCGCCCAGAGGCGCGUCGGUUGCAAAGGCGAGUUGGACAGCAGAAUGUACAGCGCGGACUCGACGAUCCGUCCUCCUUCUGUUCCAACGCAGAUCCAGUCAGUCGCCACGUAACACGCGACAUGCCCACGAUCCA